UACAGCUUAAGCUUCACAACCGCCACCAUGGUCAUCAAUCCCACGUAUCUGGCGCAAAGGACGCGCUCCUCGGUCAAUUUCGCCGAUGCCAAACGGCGUGUCCUGCAUUCGUACCGGGAGUGGCUACGAGCAGCUCCAGAGAUCCAACAGAUUUACACGCUCAGUCUGCCAGUCUCCGCCAUCCGGACCAAAGUGCGGCAGGAAUUUGAACGGCAUCGAUACGUGAACCAACUACGCACAGUCGAUGUGCUUCUAUUCAACAGUCACCAAGAAUUCCAGCAGGAAACACUGAAUUACUGGAAGCAAUUGCCUCAGGUCCUGAAAUAUUUUCGUGCUGAUGAAGAUCCAAAGGUGAGGUUGCCAAGGAACUUCAUCAACGGCUUCUUAGAGGGCCGCAACUGAAUCCUCGCAAAGGGUCCAGAUAUUCAGAAAAUACACAUUGUACAUAACCUCAAAUACCAUUUCCUUCCGUCUGCGCCGUUUUCCUUUUCCCUGGAACGCCAGAAAUGCAUGAGUAUCAUUGUGAUAUAUCAUGAUUUCUAUUGUGGGUUCUUUGCAUUGAAGU